GGAAAAUAAAUUGUAAACAAAUAGCUACGUCAAUCACUAUAUUCUUCUUUUGAGUCAAAAGAAUUAAGAAGCGAAACAAAGAUAUAUCCCGUCGAUCGCAGCAAAGGUCCCAGAUGUAUGGCACUGUUGAUGCAAGCACAGGCUCAUUACCAUAACAAGACAUACUUUGGUGUUGUAGGCCCGCGAAAACGGCAAAAGCCAUCAUGUCUAGAAAACAGACGUCAAAGCCUGUGCGAAGUAAUAAAAAGAGUGAACUGGAACGCAAGAAGGAUGAGCGGGCAGCACGUCGGGCCAUUGUAAAAGACCGCAAGAACCGGCCUCAGGAUGCGGAUGAAGGAGAAGAGUUUGUCAGUUUCUCUAAUCAGCUCCAGGCACUGGGGCUCAAGCUGAGAGAAGUCCCCGGGGAUGGAAAUUGUCUGUUCAGAGCUCUGGCGGACCAGUUAGAGGGUCACUCUCGGGGUCAUCUACGGCUUCGCCAGGAGACGGUCCAGUAUAUGAUGUCUCAUCGGCAAGACUUUGAGCCCUUUGUCGAGGACGAUGUGCCUUUUGCACAGCACUUGUCCAACCUCUCUCAGCCUGGUACAUUUGCUGGCAAUGAUGCGAUCGUGGCUUUUGCUCGCAGUCAGCAAGUGAAGGUGGUCAUCCAUCAGCUGAACACACCACUGUGGGAGAUAAAUGGGGCAGAGAAGCAGGUGUGCAGAGAGCUACACAUUGCCUACCGCUAUGGAGAUCAUUAUGACAGUGUGAGGCGGACUGGAGACAACUCUGAGAGCCCUGCUCAGCUCCGUAUAGAGAAUCUUCAGAAUUCGCGAGGUCAGCAGCGUGAGUUUGGGGAUGGUCAGAGAGACCGACAGAAAAACACUUCCUCCACAGCCUCAGAGGAGGACAGUGUGAUCCUGAGCUCCAUUAAGAACCGAGGAAUCCAGGGAGAUGAGGAGAACCUUCUUCAGCUGAGUGCUGCAACCAUCAAUGCUGAAUGGCUAGUUGGCUCCGUGCUGGGCCAGUCCUGUCACGGCCAGUCUGCCUCAGGACCGUGCUCAGCCUGCAGAGCUCCAGCCUCUGACUGCUGUGAGCAGAAGCAGUCAGCAGAGAGCAGCAACGUACAAAAACCUAAGGUAUCCAACAAGCAGAGGAAAGAGCAGCAGCGGUACGAGAAGAAGAAGCGUCAGGAGGAGAGGCAUCGGCAGAAGGUUCUCCAGAGCAAAGGAAGUCAGGACCAGAACCAAAACCUGCCAGAGGCUGUUACUUUAGUUCCAGCUCUCAACACUCUCAGUAUAUAGACUGGAGCAUGACCAAAAUUACCUACUGCUACUUAAACUACCCGUGGCUGACGCUGCCCACAAAGUUUUGCACAUAGUCAGAUUUGUUUCAGUCACAGUGGAUGACUUUUCCUAAAGAGAGAACCCUAUAGUUUCUUUGCAAACUGUAAAACGGUGCCUGCAAACUUGUGUGUGUGAAAUGUGUGAGAGUUGUAGAAGACAGAGGGUGAAAGAGCAUGACUUUCAGUGUUUCUGUUGGGUUUUGAUUCAGUUCAAUCCCUGACUGGCGUGGGUGUAUGUACAAACUCCUCGGACCUGGUCUACCUACUACGCUACCUAUCUCCUUUCUGUGCUGGACAUCUGGCUUUCCACAGCAACCAUACAGAUAAUCUCAUGCAUCUGGGCUUCGUGAUUUGCCACAGAUCAAGAUAAUGUUUAUUCAGAUGUUCAGAUCAUUGUUCAGUCUGACCAAAGAAGGAAGUAAACAAGCAGAUGAAUGGUUGUUAUACAUACUGUGUAAGCAAUGUGGCAAUAAAAAUUAACACAUAAUUUUCUGUUUGAGCACCAGAGAAUAUAUUCCAUAUUAUCCAAGGUUUGGUGUUUUUGUGACUUUGUUUUUCAAAUAUUAAUGGUACAUUAGUUCAAGUGGGUUCCUGCCAUAUAUUUAAUGUAUCAAUGACUGUCUGAAAGGGGUUGCUCUGAGUGAUGAACCUACAGAGAAUUAUCACCUGAAUCUGUAGCUCUCUCAUUUUUAUGAAGCCUUUUGGUGAGUUUCAGCUCAAUGUUUAGCUAAUUGUUCAACUCUAAUGUUUCAGUUGCCAUUCCAGCUGCAGCAGGCUGCUGUCUUUGGUGUCAAAGCUCAAAACAAUCCACUUUACAAGACCUGCUCAGUAGCAGACAGACACAGUAGAGACUAGCUGGUAAAACAGUGGAGCAUUUGGUGCUGAAGAGCUAGAGGAUUUCCUCAGGAGUUGAUCAAGAUAAAAAAAAAAUGCUACGAGUCAAUGUUGGACUUCAUGUUGACAGGCGACUGGAAACGCAGCAUGAAAGGAAUAGUAAUGUUGCUCUUUUAACUGCUAGAUACACAAAUACAAAUUGAGGGUUUAAUAGAUACAUAACAAAUCAUGAUCAUGUCCUAUAAUACUUAAUAAAUCAUGCAUGCUUUGCCACUUUUUAAGUUGUUACACCACACCAGCUUUAUCAAAAUUGAAAAGAGAGCAUGUGGACAGUAUAAAACCAAAAACUGCCCAAUCUAUAUUUGUCUGUCUUUCAAUAUACUGUCCUUUCAUGCAGCAAAGAAACUGGCCUGUUGUAUGAGGGUAUAGUAAACUGAGCUCCAUAACACUAGCCAGAGACAACAGAUGUCAUAGCAAAUAGAAUUCCAUCCUUAAAAAAAAAAAAAAAGUACAUUUCUACAAGUGAGCCAAAUGCUAGUCAGGUUUAUUAAUUUGAGAUAUUCUCUAAUUCACACAGGAGGUUUAAGAAAUGUCCACUUUAUUAAAAUGAAUGGAAUACAUGAAUAGAAAACAAGGUGGGCUCACUGACAGCAUUUUGUAGUUGACAGACCUAAACUAUGUACACUUAAACACAGUGGAACAUGGGCAGGCAGCUUCAGAGUGUGAAACCUAUAUACAGGUAUAAUGUACAUUUUAAAGUGAGACUAUGUAACUUUUGGUGAAUGUUAUGUGGCAUUUAUGGAAUGACAUUAAAUGCUAUUGGUAUAACAGUUGCAAAAAAA